AUGGAAGUGAGAGAAGAAAAUGGAGAGGAGAGGAGCGGAGAGUCUAGCGAAUGAAGUAUAUGCCAACAAAUUCAUCUCUCUCUCUCUCUCUCUCUCUCUCUCUGUGCUCGUGCGCUCUGAAUGAUCUUUCUGCCUGAGGGUUUAGGAUCCUCUAUAAACCCUAGAGUGGCUCUUGCCAUACCCUUGAAUCUUCAUCUAACCCCAACCUGAAAAAGUCGACUGUUUCCAGUCAUUUCUAUGGAAAUGCAGGUUUCAGCAUAGAUAGGGCAUCCCAUUCGGAGGAACAAGAUAAUCAAACGGCAGCAGGGCCUUGCUCUGCAUUUAUUGUUAUUCAUGCGAACGCCGCGCUUUCUCGCUCACGUUCGCCAUCACUCCUCCUCCGCCGCCCUCAUUUCUCAAUUCGCUCAAACAACCGUAGCAGCCCUCUCUCAAAACGGCGGCGGCUUUACUGUCUCUCAUUCAUCCCGGGGGCCGCCGGCGAACAUACACGCCGAUCGACGGAGCUUUCAGUUUGAUGUCUGUAGUAAUUCUCUAUUCGGUGGAGGCCGAGGGUUCUUCGCUUCUCCAUUGACAUGUCGACGUCUUUUUAUCUCCCCUAAUUGUUCUUUCCGACCAGUUAUUUCAACAUUUGCUUCCAUUUCUUUUGAUUCUAACCACCAAUACAGCUUCUAUCGAAAUUUUUUCACCAGAGCUAAAGAGAUAAAGAAGAUAGAGGUCGAUCAUGAUCAUAGCCGGCGAGCAGUAAGAAUAGCAUUAUGGUGCAAUUUUCUUGUCUUUUCUCUCAAGUUUGGGGUCUGGUUUUCCACUUCAAGCCAUGUUAUGCUUGCUGAAGUUGUUCAUUCAAUUGCAGAUUUUGCGAAUCAGGCACUUCUUGCUUAUGGUUUGAGUAGUUCAAGACGUGCCCCAGAUGCUCUCCAUCCUUAUGGUUAUUCUAAAGAAAGAUUUGUUUGGUCCUUAAUAUCUGCUGUUGGCAUCUUUUGUAUUGGUUCUGGUGCUACAAUUGUUCAUGGAGUUCAAAACUUGUGGACUUCACAGCCCCCUGAAAAUAUUCAGUAUGCAGCUUUGGUUAUUGGUGGCUCAUUCCUUAUUGAAGGUGCUUCUCUUCUUGUGGCCAUACAUGCUGUCAGGAAAGGUGCUGCUGCAGAGGGUAUGAGAGUGAGAGACUAUGUUUGGCGUGGUCAUGAUCCCACUUCUGUUGCUGUCAUGACGGAGGAUGGUGCUGCAGUAACAGGACUCCUUAUUGCUGCUGCAUCGUUGGUUGCAGUGGAUAGGACAGGAAAUGCAAUUUACGAUCCCAUUGGUUCAAUUGUAGUAGGGAAUCUUCUUGGAAUGGUGGCUAUAUUUCUCAUUCAAAGGAAUCGCCAUGCUCUGAUUGGUAGAGCAAUUGACAAUCAUGAUAUGGAAAAGGUUCUACAUUUUCUGAGAAAUGACCCGGUAGUAGAUGCUGUAUAUGAUUGCAAAAGUGAGGUGAUUGGGCCUGGAUUUUUCCGAUUUAAGGCUGAGAUAGUUUCAACACUCUUUACUGAUUUCAAUGGUGUGGUGCUGGUGCAGAAUUAUCUGAACAGAGCAGGACGUGAAGAGUGGGCCAGACAGUUUCGGGAAGCUACGAAGGAGAAAAAUGAUGCCGCACUGCUCAAGAUCAUGUCAAAUUAUGGUGAAGAAGUGGUAACAGCUCUUGGGAGUGAAGUGGACAGGUUAGAGAAGGAAAUCCAGGAAAUUGUCCCUGGCAUUCGUCAUGUGGAUAUUGAGGCCCAUAAUCCAGUUGGCCCAUCCCCUUAAUCUGCAACCAGUUUUCUUGCAUAAGUAUCUCAAAUCAAUUAUUAUAUAGUUAAACCUGAAAUGCUAUACCGGAGGGCUUCUGGCCCAAAAGAUGAAGAAGUCAUUCAACAGUAAAUGCUGUAAAUGUUGAUAGUGAAACUCUUGAUUCAUUGC